GCGGUCCCCCGCACCGCGGAGGAAGUGGGGCUUCCGGGCGGAGCUGGCGGGUGUCUGUACAGGCCGGCUCCACCAUGUCGAAGGUUUCCUUUAAGAUCACGCUGACUUCGGACCCGCGACUGCCGUAUAAAGUACUCAGUGUUCCUGAAAGUACACCUUUCACAGCAGUCUUAAAGUUUGCAGCAGAAGAAUUUAAAGUUCCUGCAGCAACAAGUGCAAUUAUUACCAAUGAUGGAAUAGGAAUAAAUCCUGCACAGACGGCUGGAAAUGUUUUUCUAAAGCAUGGUUCAGAACUGCGAAUUAUUCCUAGAGACCGUGUUGGAAGUUGUUAAUAUCUUCUACUUCGGAACAUUUGAUUACCUUUCAAAAUAAAUAUUGGUAUUUUUUGUUGUUGUUAUAAAAUUAUAAUCAACCGUUUAACAUACUAUGAAAACACCUAGAGUCAGUGAAAUAGUGACAGGUGACUCUUCUGUUCCUUCUUGUUCAGAUUCUUCACAUGAAGGGUGAAUGCUUAUGAAUUGAGGGUACACCACCACAGAUCAGUCUUUGAUUGCUACCUCACAACACAAAUUAGUAGUUCAUUUGGAAUAAAUGGAUUAUCUGACUGUGUUUUGUAACUGGAGGGUGCUUUUGAUAAUUCUUUCUGAGAACAUCUGGAAAAUUAAAAUUUACUGAAUCUGACAUAUUUGUCUUUGAGUUAAAAAUUUAAAAGGAUUAUGGAUUGUGGAUGAGAGUUUGCUUGAUAGCAGCUGAUAUACAGACUCAUAAGUAGUUUGAUUCUUAAUAUAUGUUUUAUGAUAAAAGCAAUAGACAUAUCAAUCUUAACCUUUUUUCAUGUGUUUUUUCAAGUUUCAAACUUCAUGUGUCAUAUAAAUUUCAAUUUAAUGUCAAAGAACCAAAAAUUGAAUUUUUUUAUCUAACUCUUUUGUGUAUAAAUUGAUGUUCCACACCAAAUAGUUUUAAUGGUGAUCUUGUAGAAUCCAGUGCUUGUAACGUGUGAAUUGACAAUACAGUAGAAGCAUCUUUUGCUGA